GGCCCAAUCCGCCCCGCACCGUCACCAGGGCCCCACAUGGCAGCCACGCGCAAGCCCCGAUCCCCGUCCGCCGCCGCGGCGGGCGACCACCUCCGCUUCCUCCGCCCCGGCGCCCUCGCCCGCCUCCGCGACGCCAGGCUCCGCCGCCAGAAGCGCGCCUCGUCCCGCCCGGCCCCUGCCUCGCCGCAGCCGUCCCCCUCGCCCCCUCCCGCGCCCGCGCCCGCGGCGGCCGUGGACGGCGAGAGAGGGCCCUUCGUGCCCUACUUCGCGCCCGGGUCCAGGCUCCUCGCGCCGCGCUGCCCGCAGCGGAAGAAGCUCAGGGCGGGGAAGGUGGUGGCGCUCUUCUCGCCGCCGAUGCCCAGCCGGGACCUGCCGUUCGAGGCGGUCAUGGAGUUCUUCAACGCGCCGGAUAUGGUCGUCGCCGCCCACUAGACGGGACCCGUCGUGUUGUACUACUAGUCGUGGUAUACUUGUAGAUUCAGGGAUCUAGUCCCCUCCCUUGUUCGAUUCAGCUUCCAUGUUCUAUAUACUAGUUUAUUACUGUUUACCUUGUUUGUCUGUACCAAAUCGAUGUGAAAAACAAAUACUAUAAAGAAGAAUAGUUCUGCA